UCAGUUGUUCAGCGUCUGCCAAACGGUUUAAACCGAAAGUGAUUCGAAUAAAUUUUCUAAAUAUAUCAGAUUUUUAAAACCCCACCGAAUAUGCUGAAACAAGUGAUUAUCGUGCUCCUCAUCGCCUUGUGCAUGAUGCACAGUGCCUCGGCCAUCAAGUGCUAUCAGUGCAAAUCCCUCACGGAUCCCAACUGCGCCAAGGACAAGAUCGAUUCCACCUCUAACAUCCGCACCGUGGAUUGCGACAGUGUGCCCAAGCCGAACACCAUGGAGCAACUGCAGCCAGUGACCAGGUGCAACAAGGUGGUCACCAGCGACCGAGCUGGAACGAUCGUAUCCCGCGACUGCCACUUCGAGUCCAUCGGGCAGAAGGGCAACGAGUGCACGGUGACACACAGCCGGCAGGUGGAGAGCUGCUACACCUGCAAAGGUGACCUGUGCAACGCAUCCGGAGCAGGUCGCCUCCUGGCUAUCAGUGCCACUGCUCUCCUAGCGAUCCUCGCUCUCCACAUGAGCUUGUGAUCCGACUCCCAAUCCGAUCCAGACGUUCGUGUGAAAUAAGUGUGAAUAACAUACCUGUACAAAGCAGAAAUGUAUAUGUUAACUAUAAUAUUGAUCAAAAUAAAGUAAACUAAAAUUAAAAACUA